AUGAUCCAUACGUUUCGGACAAGAGGUGGAAACCGUGCGCGUUUCGUGGAAGCGGCAAUUCUUCAUCGCUGGAAGAGUGAACAGAUCGUUCCGCCGGUACAGAAGCUUAGCGACGACAUUCGACGCUCACAGGAAGAAACGCGCCAUGUGUUACUCCUGAUCCGUACCUUUAAGCAGUAUGGACACUACGUUGCUCAGAUUGAUCCUCUUCAGAAACGGGAGAAAUUGCCAGAAUUAGAGCGAUGGAUCAAUGGAGAUCGGUGGGUUGAGACGCCCUUUUUUGAUGAGUUUAAUCUACGCAGUCUUGCGUCCAAGAACCUCUUGGAGCUCACGAGUCAUGGUUUUACAAUCAGUGACUUGGAUCGUGAGUUUUUUAUCGGCCAAGAUCUUUCUAUUGGCCCAGUUGCAACACUCCGAGAGAUUGUGACGGAGCUAAGAGGGCUCUUCUGUGGCCACAUUGGAAUAGAAUAUCAGCAUUUGCGUAAUCGAGAUGCUGCACUUUGGAUCCGCGAGCGUCUUGAAAAGUACAAGGAACACCAAUUCAGCAAUGAAGAAAAGGUGGAUAUGCUGCGUCAAAUGGUGCAGGCAGAACUCUUUGAGCGCUUUCUUGGGCGGCGUUUCUCCGGAGCAAAGCGAUUUUCGAUUGAAGGUGGUGAGAGCUUGAUUCCUGGCCUUUGUGAGCUGCUUGAGAAUGCUAGUAACCUCGGGGUCGAGGUCGUCCAGAUGGGAAUGGCUCAUCGAGGCCGUUUGAAUGUUCUGGCAAAUGUGUUGCAGCGACCCCUCCGUUCCAUUCUUUCCCAGUUUCAGCCGUAUCUGCCAGAUGAGCCGGACUACCCGAACAAUUCUGAUGAUGUGCGGUACCAUCUUGGAACAUCGUCAGUUAUUGAAAUGCGCAACGGCAAGCAUCUGGAAAUUAACUUGGCAGCAAAUCCGUCGCACUUAGAAGCGGUGAAUCCGGUUGUACUCGGCCAAGCUCGAGCCUGCCAAAUGCAACUGGGGGAUAACGGAAGUCGAGUAAUGCCAAUUUUAAUUCACGGAGACGCUUCAAUGUUCCAGGGAUCAGUGCGAGAAGCGUUGGGUUUCAGCUCACUGGAAGACUUUCGAACGGGAGGAACGAUUCAUGUCGUCAUCAACAAUCAAAUCGGCUUCACGACACUACCUAAGAAUGCAGAUUCAGCCGUGUAUUGCACCGAUGUUGCUAAGGUUUCUAGAAGUCCGAUCUUUCACGUAAAUGCUGAUGACCCGGAGGCGGUGGCUAAAGUGAUGAGAAUGGCAGUUGAAUUCCGUCAGACAUUUCACUGCGAUGUGGCUAUUGAUUUGGUGUGCUACCGUCGUCACGGACACAACGAACAAGAUUCACCAGAGAUUACAGCUCCCGUCAUGUAUCACUUCAUUAAAAAACACCCCACAGUCAUCAAGCUAUACUCUCAAAAGCUUGCGAGCGAGGGCAUUUUGCCAUCAGACGACUAUGCAAAAAUGUGUUCCACGUUCGAGAAUCACCUUGUCUCCGAAUAUGACCACUCACGUGAAAAUUAUUCCGGAUGGGACAAUUCCGGCGAUACGUCGUGGAAAACCGAGUGGUAUAGUGACAGGAAGGAUUUUCGCGCUGAGAUUUUGAGCAGUAUUGCUGGUACCUCUAGCACUAGUGGAAGUCAAAUGUACGAUAGAUCGACGGGCGUCGACAAGAAGUUCUUAGAAAGGGUAGGCAGCCAGCUGUUUCGGAUUCCGCAGGGAUUUUCGGCGCAUGAGAAGGUCGAAGCCAUCAUGAAUAAUCGACUGCGCGCAAUUGAGACUGGGGCUCGCGUGGAUUGGGCAACGGCAGAAAUGCUGGCGUUUGGUUGCUUAGUCGUGGAAGGGGUUGAUGUACGACUUAGCGGGCAAGACUGUGAACGUGGUACCUUCAACCAACGCCACGCCGUCCUGUACGACCAAGUUGAGGCUCUGUCUGGGCGCAACUUGUCCUACACGCCUCUGAACGACCUUGACGUAGAGGGAAUAAGAUCCACACUUCAAAUGACCGGAUUAGAAAAUGCACUGCGAGGACGCUUCGACGUAGUCAACAGCCCGCUUAGCGAAGAGGGAGUGCUUGGCUUUGAAUACGGGUACUCCUUGCAAACUCCGAUGGGUUUGACCAUUUGGGAAGCUCAAUUUGGUGACUUUGCAAAUGGUGCCCAAACAGUGAUUGAUACCUUCAUCACGACGGGUGAACAGAAGUGGCAACGGCAGUCAGGAAUCGUGCUCAAUUUACCGCAUGGCUUUGAGGGCCAAGGACCAGAGCACAGCAGUGCACGGAUCGAGCGUUUCCUCCAUCUGGUUAACGAGGACAGCGACGACUUUACACCUGAGCAGGAUGUCGAUGCUGCAAUAACGCGGACGAACAUUCAGGUGGUUAUUCCAUCCACCCCUGCCCAGUAUUUCCACGCUCUUCGUCGCCAAGUAUCUUCCAGCUAUCGGAAGCCGCUGAUUAUGUUCACCCCAAAGUCGCUGCUUCACCACCGCCCAUGCAAUUCAGACUUGGCGGACUUGGCUCUGGGCACGUCAUUCCAGCGUGUGCUCCUACCACACCCGGAUGAUCAAGUUACAAUGGUGAAUGAUGAUGAGAUCCGCAAGCUGGUGCUCUGCUGCGGAAAGAUUUACUUUCCUGUGCGCCAUUGCAUGCGGAGCCGUGGGAUUUGUGACAUCUCUACGACUCGGCUUGAGCAACUAGCUCCGUUCCCGUUUCAUGAAGUGGCAGACUGCAUCGCACGUUACCCCAAUGCGGAAAUUGUAUGGGUCCAGGAAGAGCCGAAAAAUAUGGGCGCGUACAGCCAUGUACUUCCGCGCUUACGGACCGUGCUCAAACAGUUAGGUGAUUCCCGCGAAAUUUCUUACAUUGGACGUCCUCCGUCUGCCUCACCUGCAACAGGCCAGUACGAAGUCCACGUUCAUGAGAUGAAAGCAAUCGUCGAUGAGGCGCUGCGUGAAAAUGAUUAG